AUGAUCUCAGACAUCUUUAUUGAAUUUGAGUAAAGUUAUAAUGUCGAUCAGAAUUAGGCAGAUCAAAAUCAAAGUCAUAUAGAUGAUUCUCAGAAAAAAAGUCCUGGUGGGCCUGCUCGAUUUACUAAAAAAGUAGAUCCAUUGGAUGAAGGGGAUAACCCUAUCCAAUCACCUUCAAUUGGAAGUUAAAUCAUUGAUAAUCCUCUGUCUUCAAGGUAGGAUAAGGCUUUAGAACUUUAAAAAUUAUCGAUGUCCCAUCAGGAUGCAAUAAUCGAGGAAAAUCCCUUGGUUUUAACAUCAAAACUCGAAAUAAAUAAAGAAUCAAAUGAUACUAAACUCAAGAACACAGCCCAAAUAAAUAAUUCUUCAUAGAUUAACAAUUUCUUAAGAUUAGUAAUUGCCAAAAGCUCGUUCAAUAGAUUCAUUGAGAAUUUAUUACAAAAGUCAUAUGUGAAGAAAUCUCAUCAUUUUAGCGAUUACCAAAGAAGUUUAAUGGAUGAUCUUAGAUAUUUAUAUUCACACAAAAAAGUCAAAAAAAAUUGCCUUUAAAAAAUAUGUAAACGUCUGAAAUUUUUCCCGAUAUUGGAUCAAAGCAGCAAUCUUGUGAUAGGAUGGCAAUUUCUGCACAUUCUCACCACAAUAAUUGUAUUUUUUUGGACUCCCUUUAAUAUUUCAUUUGGUGUAACCUACUAAUAAAAAGUGUUUGGGGAACUGACAGUAAAAAGUGUUGAAAAGUUUUUUCUCUUCAGCAUCCUAAUUGACAGUUUUGUUGUUAUUAAUACUUCCAUCAUAGAAAAAGGAGUGAUAAUACGAUCAAGAAGGAAGAUUUUUAUAAAUUACCUAAAUAGCUAGGGAAUUUAUGAUUUGUUGUCAUUCGUAGCACUUCUGGUUGGAAUCGAGAAUGAGAUAGACAGUUCUCAUGAUAGAUUGGGAUGGCAGAUAUGUCCAUAUUUAAUUUAUUAUUGUAGCAGAUAAUUUAAGCUUUAGGAUAGAGUUCGAAAGUUGGAAGAAUUCUUUCAUUUUACUGGUUUAUAUUAAGAUUUCAUAGAAUUGGUUAAAUUGUUAUUCAUGGUUAUUUAUGUAGGACAUCUAUUUGCUUGUUUAUGGCAUGGGGUUGCAUAUUAUUAGUAGGGUCAUCGUUAAACAUGGAUAGACACCUAUGUUUAAGACCCUGAUAUGUUUCAAAAAUAUAAUUAUGCUAUAUAUUGGGCUGUUUAAACUAUGAUUACUGUGGGAUAUGGGGAUUUGACACCUUAGAAUCAAGCAGAGAGAAUUUGUGCAAAUUUUAGUAUGUUUUUGGCUUGCGGUGUUUUUGCAUUUUCGUUUAAUUCAAUAGGUUUGAUGCUUACCAAUCUAAAUUCCAGAUAUGUGUUAUAUAAGAAAAGCGUAAAUCUAUUGAAUUAAUAUUUAAUAAAAAAUCAAAUUCAGACAGAGUUGUAACAACGAAUUAGAAAUUACUAUGAUUAUAUAUUCGCAGAGGAACAGGAGAUUAAUGAUGAAGAGAUUUCACAGAUUAAAUCAAAGUUAUCAAAUAGUUUAUUGGAGGAACUGAAUUUCGAGAUUAGACACAACGUAAUGAGAACAAAUACAUUGCUAGCCAAAUUCUCUUAGAAAACACUAAAAUUACUAUCUUUGGUGAUGGAAGAAGUAAGAUUUUCACCUGAGGAUUAAAUAAUUGUGUAAGAUACUAUUGAUGAUGCAGCUAUGUACAUGAUAACCAAAGGAACAAUUUGCAUCUAAUUUUAGGAUCUCAACGAUGAGAGUAAUAGUAGAGAGUUAUCGUAUUUGAGUAAAGGAGAUUCUUUUGGAGAAUACGCUUUCUUUACAGGAAUGCCUAGAACUGCAUCUGCCAAGAGUGUAGGCUUUGCUAGAGCAUACAAGAUUUCAAGGUUGCAUCUAUUGAAUGUUUUGGCGUAAUUUCCAUUAGACAUGGAAAGAUUUUGUGAAGUGAGAGAUAGCAUUCUGGAGAGUAACAAUUACCAACCUGCUAAGUUGAGUUGCUAUUCGUGUAGCAAAUUCACUCAUCUCAUCAAGGAUUGUCCUGUUUUGCAUUAUGUUGCUGAUCAGGAAAGAGUCCUUAAGAAAGAGAAUUAUCCAUCUCAAUAAGAAAGGAAUUGCAAAUAUGAAAGAAGAAAGGCUAGUAGAAGAAAGUAUCAUACACUUAAGGAGUCUAAAAUAAAUCAUAAAAUUGUGAAAGAUUUCCAAACCAAUUAUGCAUUUGAUAAUGCCUCUUAUGAGGAUGAGGAAUUUGAGGACUCUCAAAGUGAAUUAGCUGUCUCUCCCUAGGAGUAUUCCUCAUAAACUAAGAGUCUCUCUAGAUUGUCUAGACAACAGUCUCAAAAUAGGAGUCAAUCAUAAGACAACCAUCUUCAACCGAUUUAAGAAAGUGAUAGUUCAAAAGAUAGUGGAGGUAUGCAGAAUCCAAGAGUGAAAUAACCCAAAUAAAAAAAUCAAACUGCUGGCUUCUUUGUUUCAGAUUCAAUUAAUAAUAAGUUGGCUUCCAUCAAAGAAGAAUAACUAACUGAUUCAAUCUAAGAUAGAUAACAGCAAUCAUCGAUCAAUAUCUCAAUAUCGAAUCUUCAGAAAUUAGAUGAUUUCAGAUUUUCCUAAAUGAUUGAUUAGCAUUAGUAAUCAAAUAAUGAGAAUCAGAAAUAACUUCAUUAAAGAAAUAGCUAAAUAAAGAAAGUAAAGAAGAUUGAUUCUCAAAAUAACAUUCAAUCUCAAACUUAAUUAGAACAUAGAGAAAGAGGGCAAUCGUUUUCUAAUCAAAUUAGGAAAUGCCGAUUGUCAAAGGACACUAGAGAAAUUUCAUAAGAGUACUAGUUUCCAGAUAAAAGAGAACUAUUCAAAAAGCGGUCCUCUAAAACAAAUCUUACAAAAACUACGAAAACUCUAAGAACUUUAAAGAUCCAAGAUAAUCCAUCUCAGACUCAAAAUUAAGAGAUGUCUGUUCCUGUUUUCGAUUGCUCUUGUCCUUCUUAAUCGAUGGAGUUGGAAAAUUUUGAAUAGAUGAAAAACUUUCGGUUUUAUUUCAGUUGGAACAACCCUUGUGUGGUUGUACCCAGAGCCUUUAGGAUUCUGAAGAUGAAUAUAGACAAAAGAAAGAACUUUGGGAAUAACUUCUCAUUGUAUACCUUUAAUAAUUUGGCUAUGAACAAGGCUUUGAGAAUCAAACGAAAAUUAAAAUUAAUCGAUGAUCCAUUUCAAGAUGAAAUCAAUACCAAGAAAUCCAAACACGCAUCUAAAAUACCACGGUAAACCAGGAUUGGGAAUAAGAGGAACACUUAACAAUCAGACUUUGGUGGUUUGCAUCCUGAAAAAGCAUUCCACGGAACUCAGAUCUCUGUUCAUAAGACAAAUCUUUAUGAAUUUAAAAACAAUUGA